AUGGUCAGGCUCGGCAUUUUUGUAGCGACAAUCCUGUCGUCUACGGCGCUGGCCUCGGAGCUGUACAUCGACACCACGAGUGGUCCAGUAGAAGGCUUCUACAACAGUUCCUCCGUUCGUGCAUUUCUAGGCAUACCGUAUGCCGAGGCAGCUGGGGGGUCACGUCGAUUCAAGCCACCCGUGCCCAAAUCGCGAUCUAACGAGACGGUUCAGGCCGAUUCAUUUCCACCGACAUGUCCGGGGCAGUACACCUUCUCCAACGAGUCUAUCUGGAGUGUCCUGCCCUACAUGCCAUGGAACACGCAGAGCAUGUCGGAGGACUGUCUUGCGAUCAAUAUAUGGACCCCCAAAACCAAGAAAGAAAAUGGUAAAUUAGCCGUGAUGAUGUUCAUUUAUGGUGGAGGGUUCACGCAGGGCGGGUCGGCGAUCCCCUUCUACGACGGGACGAACUUAGUCGAGGAUCACCAGGAUAUCGUUGUCGUUACGUUUAACUAUCGCGUUUCUAUAUUCGGGUAUCCUAACGCGCCGGGCCUUGAACCCGGACAGCAGAAUGUUGGACUUCUUGACCAGAGACUUGCCGUUGAGUGGGUGCAGCGUAAUAUCGCGCAAUUUGGCGGAGAUCCUUCACGAAUUAUGCUGUUUGGCCAGAGUGCCGGAGCAGCAUCGACAGACCUGUACACUUACGCGUACCCGAAGGAUCCCAUCGUACACGGCGUGGUAAUGCAAUCGGGUGCCGCAUCCAUCAUUAUAAACGAAGACACAGCCCACCAGAACUGGCAGAACCUGUCCCAGGCACUAGGUUGCAGGACUCUGAAGUGCAUGCAGGACAAGCCGUGGGAAGAUAUACUCGAAGAAGUGUCUUCUGGGUCCUACAGCUUUAGUCCGGUGGCAGACAACGUAACUGCAUUCGCUGACUUCGAAGCUCGUGCAAAGCAAGGGGGCCUUGCUCGGCUGCCAACAUUGAUCGGCGGCGCCGAUCGGGAGGCAUCAGCGUACAUGAAUCUUAGCUCCAAGUCUAUCAAUGAGACACUGGUCUACACAGCCACUCAGAACACAUUUAAUUGCCCGAUUGUUGAGACCGUGGGCAACCGCCUCGAGCAAGAUAUUCCCACCUGGCGAUACCUUUACCACGGUAAUUGGUCUGGGUUGAGUCCAACCCCAUGGCUUGGAGCGUAUCAUUCUAGCGAUGUACCCAUUGUCUUUGGGACAUACAACGAGACAACUAUUCAGCCGCCCUCCAGUCCAGAAGAGGUUGCAGCGAGCAAAUACAUUCAGGGCGCAUGGGUGGCAUUUGCCAAAGACCCUUGGAACGGGUUGAGUGACUAUGGAUGGCCCCAGUUUACCCCACAGAACCGGUCACUAGUGAAUUUAGCUCUGGAAAACCGUAUCCCGGCAACGAUAAGCUCUGCAGAGAAGUGGGAUUCGCAUUGUCGUAGGGGGAAGUUUAGCCCCUAG